AUGAUGGUGGGCCCCAGUGGCAACGAAUCCAGUGUCACAUAUUUCAUCCUAAUAGGCCUCCCAGGCUUGGAAGAGGCUCAGUUCUGGUUGGCUUUCCCAUUGUGCUCCCUCUACCUAAUUGCCGUGCUAGGUAAUUUGAUGAUCAUCUACAUUGUGCGGACUGAGCACAGCCUACAUGAGCCCAUGUAUAUCUUCCUUUGCAUGCUUUCUGGCCUUGAUAUCCUCAUCUCCACCUCGUCCAUGCCGAAAAUGAUGGCCAUCUUCUGGUUCAAUUCCACUACCAUCCAGUUUGAUGCUUGUCUGCUACAGAUGUUUGCCAUCCACUCCUUAUCUGGCAUGGAGUCCACAGUGCUGCUGGCCAUGGCCUUUGACCGCUAUGUGGCCAUCUGCCACCCACUGCGCCAUGCCACUGUGCUCACGUUGCCUCGCGUUACCAAGAUUGGCAUGGCUGCUGUGGUGCGCGGUGCUGCACUAAUGGCGCCCCUACCUGUCUUCAUCAAACUGCUUCCCUUCUGCCACUCCAAUAUCCUUUCCCAUUCCUACUGCCUACACCAAGAUGUCAUGAAGCUGGCCUGUGCUGACAUCCAUGUCAAUGUCAUUUAUGGCCUCAUCGUCAUCAUCUCUGCCAUUGGACUGGACUCACUUCUCAUCUCCUUCUCAUAUCUGCUUAUCCUUAAGACAGUGUUGGGCUUGACACGUGAAGCCCAGGCAAAGGCAUUUGGCACUUGUGUCUCUCAUGUGUGUGCUGUUUUCAUAUUCUAUGUACCUUUCAUUGGAUUGUCCAUGGUCCACCGCUUUAGCAAGCGACGUGACUCCCUCCUUCCCAUCAUAAUGGCCAACAUCUAUCUACUGGUUCCUCCUGUGCUCAACCCCAUUGUCUAUGGAGUGAAGACAAAGGAGAUACGACAGCGCAUCCUUCGUCUUUUCCAUGUGACCGUACACACUUCAGAUCCCUAG